AUGGAGAUCUGUUCAGUUUGCGGAGAUCAUUCCACAGGGCGGCACUAUGGAGCCAAUACUUGUGAAGGAUGCAAGUUAUUUUUUAAGCGAAGUAUCAAGAAACGGCUGUACUACACUUGUAGGGUGGCAGGAUGCUGUCCAGUGAACAAGCGCUUUCGGAAUAGCUGCCAGUAUUGCAGAAUGAGAAAGUGUCUAACGGUGGGGAUGAAAAGGGAAGGUGAGCAGCAAACUGACAUUUAUUUUUCUUUUUCUAAAUCAUUUCAUUGUCUGUCAGGAAUUGCUCUCAGUUGGAUGAUAGAUUACUAGUUUAACCUCCCAAAUAUGUUUGGUGAAAUGUCUCCCGGCAAAGAAACUCAUGAGAUUCACAUAAUUUGAAUGAAUUGGAUGACUAUUUAAGAAAGAGAAAAACAUUUUUUCUCUUAUGGUAUAUUUGCACAAACUUCGUUGCCAAUGUCAGCCGAGAGAAAGAUCUGCUUUCGACACUGAGGGACGAAGCAAAGUUUUUCAAACAUUUCCAAAACACAUCUCUUGUAAAAGAGUUGUUAAAUUUAUUCGCAGGUGAGAAACAUUUUCACUCUGAUGAAAUAAUAAAUACAAUUUCGGGGUAAAAUAUUUGACCAAGAUAUUAUAAAGGCUUUGUUGUUGAUGAAUUUUCCGUUUUUUUAGUAGCGCAAAUAUUGUCUUUAAUUUCGUUCAGGUAUGAGUUCAGAUUUAUCAACAUUACAGGUGAAAGUAAUUUGCUCAGCCUCUUGUUUUUCUUCUCUUCUGAAGGAGAAUCUUUUUCAUUUGUUUUCAUCAGCUGUACAGCAAACCAGAACGAAUGAGUUUGAAAAGGGAAGAAAAAGACACCGUAGCCGCCAGCCGUUGAAAGGGGAUAUCCGAAGAGAGGCAGAUUUUGUGUCCUUGUCGGACUUUGUUUACCAUUUGCAGGCUGUUGAGCCUUAUCAAAGGCCGCCGGAGACUAAAAGUGAUACAAGAUCGAUUGCAGAAGACAGCACGGCUGCCAGAAGUGAAAGCGGCAGCGUACACGUCGCCACCAAAUUACCAGCAGAAAGCACCACAGAGAUCGCCGCCCGGUUGUUGUUCAUGUCAAUACAUUGGGCAAAGAACGUUCGCCACUUCGCUGAACUGUCGCAUAUCGACCAAGUGAGCCUCUUGCAGGAAAAUUGGUGUAAAAUAUUCGUCAUAAACCUGGUUCAAUGGGCGAUGCCUUUCGAAUUAGCCCCGCUGGUUGCUGAUGUGAUGGAAAAAACAGCGAGCGAACAUGUGGAUAGAGUUCUUCAUAACAUGGGGAAGUUGAAUGAGGUUGUUUUCAAACUUGUGCAGCUCGGUUUGAACAGAACAGAGUUUACCCUUUUGAAGGCCCUGGUACUUUUUAACCCAGGUAAGAAAGACUAUGGCAAUUUUUUUGUUCACUUUAUUCGAUGGGCGUCAAAAACGAAAUUUGUAUCGAGUGGAGAUCACAAUGCGUUUCGCUUUAACUGAACUGAGGAAUUUCGAGCAACAUGCGAAUUAACUUUUUCCCUCUGUUUUAUUUCUAAAAAGUUACAAUUGGCUGCGGAGUUUAUGCCGGCUUUGGGGUCGCUCAAAUUUCGAAAAGAAAGAGACGCAGCUCUGAAAACAAGUUAAAUUAGAGAUGAAUACAGAGUCGAUAUAUCGCUCGAAAAUAUGAGACUUCAAUGUUGAUAAUGAAAUUAUAUGUGGGAUUCCUUCUCGAGAUGCAAAAGUGUUCAUGGCUCGUUCAUGACCUCCUUCCGUUGCAUAGCCUAUGACCCUGCUAUUGCCCAGUCUAUAUUUGAACCCAUGAUAGCUAAAACAGUGUAAAUAGCGGAUUCAAAAACACGAUAUCGGCUGCAGAUUCUUAAUAUCAACAGUAUUUGUUGGGAAGUUUCGUUUUCAGGUAAUACUGAUCUUAUUGUUUCGUUGUGCGCGACAAAUUAUCGACUGAAGUACGCCUUUUUCUUGAUUUCACAACAUUACGUUUAUGAAGUGGCUAGAAUUAAUUCUCGAAAAAUUGUUAAUCUCUUUUGCGCUUAUUCAAGGCCAUCGCCAUGAAUUUGCAAAUUAGCAUGCGUUUGACACUUUGAUACGGAAGAACGGAAAAGAAAGUCGCCCAAGCUAACUAAAAUGUAUUUAAUUUAUCGCCAUGAUCUUUCACCGGAAGUCUGUUGCUGUUAUUUCAUUUGAAAUUGCGUGAUUUCCCUCCUCGUUUCAUUUUGUCCCUAGCUAGCCUGUUUUCGGCUCCUCAGAGAAAUAUUCUUAACAUGCGGAUUAGCAAAGCUUUUAGGGGAAUGAUUUGAUCGCGAACUUAUUAAGUGCGAGGGCUGAUGUUCUAGACAUUAAUAUUUGUUGAGUAUUGAACAUUGACUUUAGCCGUAAUCGGAGGUUAUUCAAAACUGUUUGACUUUGCCGCGAGAGGCCCUUCCGGCUGACGAGUUAAAAAUGAGCUAAUCGAUUUUCUGCGGAAAUGACAACGACGAUGAGUGUUUUUCCCAACCGAGCAAAAUGAGUUUUACAAUAAAUUGUGAACCCAGGUUCAGCCCAAGGGUAAGUUCUUGCGUGUUUCAAUGCAAGUAUUACGCACAGUUUUUUUUUCCUUUUUUGACUUUUAAAUGAAAAUCAACAAUUGAUUCUGCGUCACACCCGUAAAACGUAAUAGCUAAUGAAAUUGUUUUUAUAUGAAUUUUAACGCAAUUUCCAAUUUCGUGUGCGUGUUUUUUUACGUAUAAAACAACGUUCUGGAUUAUUUCUUAAAGCAGCCUUGAAUAAAUUAUUAACUUUCAAUUUGAUAGUUUUUGUCUGCCAACUUUAGUUGCUUAAAAUCUAAAUGACUUCAAAUUCGUUUUCGACAAGGGAGAUGUUUAUAUCGCGGUAAAAAUUCAGUGUUCGCCGCAUAUGUUUUCAAUUCUUUAAUUCGUUGUGUGGUAAUUGCCUCAAAAAUAUAUUGAGGCUGCAAAGAUCGAUUUCUAUAGCUCUGAGUCAUUGAACUGUACUGCGGGAAAUAUUGGAAGAGGAAGUAGUCGAUUGUGCAAACUCAAAGGCCAUAAACGUAACAGUCUCAAUAUGAAAUCUUUCAAUUUUUAUAGCACGUUUUUCGCUUUUUCAGAAAUUACAAUAACUUUUGAAAUAGCGAGUUUCUUUGAACUCGUUGCAAGCAGUUUGUUUGUAUAACUGAGUUGUGUUGUGCUCAGAACUCGAUAAUAUCUUGAUCUGCAUCAGCGAUAUUCUCCUUUGCCUUAUUUUGUUCCUUUUUUUAUUAUUAAAGAUUCAAACUGUUAUUUUUUUGUAAGAGUUACAUUUACUUUCCUUACGGCUGUCGAAACUUCUAACGCGGAAGUCGCAGUGUCUUUCCUCGUCUCGGCAAAAUAAUCAUAAGGUAAAGAUAAAGGGGAAAAGUCAGAGCAAUGAAAAUAACCAAAUCAAAUUUUUUCUCGUGAUUUUUAGGCAAAAUCGUUUUUAUAACUAAAAUAAAAGAGAUGUGUGUUUUUUUAGACUUACUCGGGACAUAAUUGGCUGGUCACUGUUUGACACCUUCUGUACAAACAGAAAUAAAACUAAUCUUAUUACCUCGUCUGGAUGAUAUGGUUUCUGCCCUGUGUAUGAUAUAUUUAUUGGCCUAAGCCAUUAAGAAAUCGCACUAAAAAACGGGUGGGCGGACCAUGUAGUUUGUUAAAUCGCACAAUUCUGCGUUCUCGAACUUGACGAAAAGGAGAAUCUUCCAGCUUUUCUUCUUGAAAAAAAUAAUUGAUAUCGCUUCUGAGUUAUACUAUAGUUUAGGGAUUUUUGACAUCAGCAGAUAUUAACAAUGGUUCAGAUAAAAUUUUGGUUUUUAUUACUUUUCUGUUUGAAACCCAUGUAGCUUCACCAAUUUAAGGUUUUUACUUCGCCCUUAUUUAUCUUUUUUUAGCAAUUUUCAUUGUUUUAUUUUAUAUUGUAUUUCCCCUACAAAUUAAGAAAAAGUUUUUCAGUUAAUCUCCUUGGAACAAUACAUCAUAUUUCGGGCAUUUACCACUUCAAUUUUGCAGAAAGUGUAUUUCACUUUGUCUAAAAGCGAGGGGUAGCUUUAGUUUUAAAUGUUUAAUUUUCUUUCUCCAAAAUUGCGAAUUUCUAAUUUUAUGAUAAGCCAUACUUUUAAUGAUAAAUACUGUGACACAAUUGUUCACUACCUUGACGCGCGCCCUUCGCCUUUUGUCCCUGCCCCGAUGGACUUCAAGCUGUUGGGAUUUAAAAAUUGCCUCCGAGAAUGUAUAUUUGCAAUGAUGUUAAUUUAAUGACUUCUGCUGUUAUUAUUGAAUUUUCCAACAGAUAAUUACACAAAUAUAAAGUUUCUCUCUUUCACUAGCUCUUCAUUAGUGACACAUUUAUUCAAAAAGCUUGUAGCCAUUUUUAAGCUCACAAUUCUAUUGUUCUUGUUUGAAAAACCUAUUCAUCAAAACUUAUUUGUUAUUUGCUUUGACUUGUAUUUUCUGCUAGUGUUAUAAUGUGGGAAGGUAAAAACCAAGUUUGAACCGUUUCUGACGUUAGAUUUCGUUUCUCGUCUUCCAUCGCAAAAAAAGAACUUUAAUGCUUUUCAAAAAACCAAUUUUCAAUUUUGAAGACGGUUUGUAUGGAAAGAAAGCGUUGCACACAUAACCAGCUGGUAACAUAUGGAAGGCCAAACGCAUAUCAAAUUUUUGUUGCGUGCGUCGAACUCGCUAUCAGCUCUUUCAGCAAAUGGAGACCACCUUUGCAGAACCAACACCAUAUCUAACUAUUAAUUGCUGUGAGAUCAAAAAGGAAUACCAAAUUCUUAAAGAAAAUUUCAAAAGCUUUGUAUUUUGUUGCAAAAAAGAAACAAAAGUGUUGAUCAUUCUCUUGAGAAAAGAAUGAAAUUGACAUAAGGAAAAAAUAAUAAUUGCUUACCGCUAACUUACAUGGCAUCAAGUAUUUACUAAGUGUUUUAAGCCUGCUAUUAUUAUCAGUGAAAAAUGUUUCAUCUCGAUUCUCUGAUAAUGCACUUUUUAAGUUUACUUAGCAUCAAAGUGUGCCAUACUUAUUUCCACAAACGUGCUCAUUCUAAUAAAAUUGUGAUUUCGUUUCUGUGUAGAAAGUGUUUUUUGUGUCAACAACUGGGAAUUUUGUUUUUUUUUCCUUUUUGUCUCAGUUUAUACAACAUUUUCUGACUUUUUAUCUCCAUAUUUGUGACAAUGUUCUCACAUACACCUACGUUCGUUUAGGGACGGACAAAUCUCUUAGUUUUUAUGGAAAAGGAAAUUAAGAAGUUUAUUUUCAGUUCCCCUAUUACAAAGGUAGGAUUGGCAGUUCGAUUUCGACUUAAAUUUCAUCCGCCAAUUUUUGCGUAAUAAAUGAAAUAAAGCUUUUCUUUCUCAUAACUCAGAGCGAGGAUCAGUUAAAAAACAUAAUUCAAAUAUUUCAUACCGUCGGUAACGUUCUGUACAUUUAUUUCUCCCUCAGGCCGGUCGGCCAUUUUAUUUUAUAACCAUUAUGUAAAAUGUCAAAAAAAUCUCUAUAAAUGACGAGAGUUUGUUAUCAUCCAUGGCUGGAAUAGCGACUUAAAUGUGAAUGGAUGGCGCCUGUAGCGAUCAUGUUUGACGUGAUCAAGUACUAUUUCGACUUUUAACCAACAAUUCUUCAAUUGAUGUGUCAACAGAUAACGACCAACUCACCGACUUGGUUCAGAUCCAAGCAAUUCAAAACAAGACGAGGAAUGCUCUCGAAGAAUACGUGCGCUUGAAUCGCCCGGAGUCGUCUGGUCGCUUUGGUCAGCUACUCAUCAAACUUACGUCUUUAGGAGCUGUGGAGCCACAUAUCAUUGAGCAUGUGUUCUUCAAUAAACUUAUUGGUGGCGCGUCCAUUAACAACCUAGUCGACGACAUUCUAAGAGCAAACACACUUAUCUCGCACGCAAAAAACUCGGCCGUGUGAACAGGCAAAGGAUGCUAACUGUUUUUGCUAUAACUGAAGCCUAUUUCACAAUAUUUUAAAACAUUUGUUACGAAUUGACGUGAACUACAAACGCCAAAAUCUUAACUAUACGCAAACCAUGAGAACGCUGCUUUCACUCCAGGUAGUCUUUAAGCGAAAAUUGUUACGAGAAUAUUCUUAUUUUUCUCGCCCUCAGACUUUGCCUAAUCAACUCUUUGCGCACUUUUUCUUUUCGGCGUUUGCGCGCGCCAUAACAGAGGAGGCAAAGAAGAGGUAACCCCGUCUUGCAGAUGAUAAAUUUUAAUUGAAAAUUUCAAAGUUUAUUAUGAAGCAUGCCACUGUUUGAUGGUAAAAAUUCAUGGUACAAAAAGCACAUCACAGGGUUAUAAUUUAAAAUGUAACUUAAUAAACCAAAUGACGUGCCAAACUCACAGAUAAUCACCUUUUAUAUAAAUUUGUAGAUAUAUACUUAGAUAUUCUAGUGCUUUAGAAUAAUAAUUCUUCUUCACUAUGAGAGCAUCGCUGGCAAGUUGAAAAAGUUGUUUUUUGUAUGUCUUUUCUGAGUGUUUAAUUGUAGCAG